AUGGCAUUCGCGGGGCAGUCUACUCGAUCGAAGCUCGCCGUGUUGAGCGAGAGGAUUCACGGCUUCGAGAAACAGAUGGAAUGCGAGGCAAAACAACGCAGGGAAGGAGAGGAAGGCCGUUUGCUGGCAAUCAGGGAAGCGAUUGCAAAGCUCGAGAAAACGUUGAACGCCGAGAUAAAGCGUCGAGUUGAAGCGAAUAAGGCGUUGCAAGCUAUGUUCGAAAGCCAGCUGCUUGGCGUUCAAGACAAGCUCUCGUCCGUCUUUGUUGAAAAGUUCGAGCAACUGCAAUGCGCGCUCGACGCACUGAACGACAGACUUGCAUUGGUUGAGAAAGAGUUUGCAGUCGAGCGAGAGAAGCAGACAAAAGAGUGGGAAGCGAAAAAUAAUAUGAUCGCAAGGGAUAUGACGGCCAUACAAGAAGCCCUUGAGAGUGACAAGCAGACGCGGUCUGAAAGGGAAGUCCAAAUCGCGAAAAGUCUUGGCGAACUGGAGUUCAGAACAGAAGGGAAAUUUGAAGCGGAGAAGAAUGCGCGAGAACAAAAAUAUGAUCAGAUCCGCGACGAACUCGAAGAGGCGAAACGUGUCCGAGAAAGAGGGGAGGAAAAAUUCCAGACUUUUGUUCUCGAAGAAGUUGCCGCGUUGAAAAAAGGUUUAAUUCUUGAGUCACAGGCGAGGGAAGGAGCGGACGACGAUAUUGUCCAAGCGGUCAAUCAUUACACCACUGCUCUACAGGAUGCGUUACGCUUGGUGACGACAGUAUAA